AAAGAGCUCAGCUUCUGAAAAAUAAACUCCUUUUUUUUUUUCCUUGUGAGUUCAUUAUGAGGAAUUUUGUAACUUUGUCUCCGAGUAAUUCGACGGGGCUCUAUAUGAAUUUGAAUGUUCUGGGUUGAAUUUGUGGGUUAUUGAUUUCUGGGUUUCUGGUGUUUUUUUGGAAAUUAUUAUGUUGUUCUUGAUUCUGAAACAUGUGGUGUAAUUGCUUCUUCCCCCUUUAUUUUUCCCUGUUUCUGGGAAAAAGGAGGAAGCACUGUUUGUGAGUAUAUAUAUCUCUGUGUUGUUUCCGGAUGCCGCUGAGGUUGAUUACAUAGAAAGUACAGAAUCUGGAGAAAUUUUGAGCACGAACACUCAAACUUUUAAGAGUUCAUGGAUAGAUGCUUGGGUAAAAGAGCCAUUGAAGGGAGACCAGAGCCUAAAAAGGGUGGUGGUAGUAUUGUUUUGAGAGACAGAUUUAACAGCCCUGCUCCUAUUUGCGGCAGAGUCGGAUGCAGCGCUGGAAACCCCCCCGGGAAAUGUAGUACUUGGAUUGGCUCUUCAGACAGAAAAGAGAAAUCUAUGUUGUCUUCAUCAUUCCGUUCUUCAUCAAACGGGAAGGAAAUAAUCGGGGCUUCCUCUAAACCCGGUCGCUCUCUGUCCUCUUCCACAAGAAAUGAGAAAAAACCGGUGAUGUCUCAGACAGCCAUGGAUUCAUCGGAGAGUAGCGCUAGCAGUGAAGAAGAGGGAGAUGCACAAAUCUUGGAUGAUUCCCUUGUGAAAAACAAGAAGAGGGUUCAUGAAAAAUUUAAAUCAACUGAAGCGGAAUGCUCAAAUUUGAGAUCAAGUUCGAGGAUAAGGAGAGGUUUUAGACCGAGAUUUGGAUUGAACAAUCAAGAUUUCUGUCCUGGUCCCUCUAGCCAGGCAGCAUCAGCAAACACCAUAAGCAGACAUGGUUUGAGAAACAGGAGCUGUAGGCCGAUGUUAUCAUCAGGUGUUAUCCCAUCUGGUUUCGGCUUAGAAAAAACACCAAAUCACAGGGUAGACAAGAUUAACACAAGAAAAUCUUUUGGAGAAAGCAGUUCUACCUCCUCCCCUUCCUCCAGGGGGAAGAAUACAAAUGACCCACCAUCAGAAGAAAAAUGUGAUGGUUCUAAUCUGAGAAUAUCUGUUUCCGAUAAUAGGCGUGCAAGAAACUUCAUUUCAAACAGAAAUGACGAUGCUAAUUCAGUUGGGACCCAGAGAUCAGCAAACGCUUGUGAUUAUCGUGCUAGGUCCUCCACCCGAGAGUGUGGUAGAAAUGGGCUAUCCUCCAUUACAAUUCCAGAGAUGUCUCACCCAGAAACCUCAAAUCAUCUCGACUCUCUUGUCUCUUUGGAACUGUUCCGUGGUUUCCCAGACGUCGGGCUCCCAGUUUCCUUAACGGGUCAAGACACUUUCCAUGCGUACAAUCUUGAUGGGAUUUCUGAGAAUUCUUUGCAGAUACUACCAGAACUCAACAGGAUUGAACAGGAUAUCGAGCUUAAUUACGAGGACUUGCUUGUAAUGGAGACAGGACUACUACUUGGUGGCCUAAGCUUCUAUGAUCGUCACCGGGACAUGAGGCUAGACAUUGAUAACAUGUCCUACGAAGAACUAUUAGCUCUCGAAGAGAGGAUUGGUUCAGUGAGCACUCCACUCUCUGAAGAAGCUAUAUCGAAAUGCAUGAAAACGGGCAUCUAUCUGAUAACAUCUUUGAAUGAUAAACCGAACAUUAGUUCUUGCGGAUACAAGGACGAGGCUAAAUGCAGCAUUUGCCAGAGCCUCUGCAGAACCCUCUUCUCCACAACUGCCAUUGUCAUCUUCUUCUUCAUCAUAAUCUGGAUUUGGCUGAAGCUACUGAACAAAGGUGUUUUCAUCUGUACAGAUUGGCCUUGUCCCUUCUUUGUACAUACAAAACCUCACCUGUGUUGCAGUCUUGUCUGGUGCACAUGAUGCUACAGUUCAGUGUGAAUAAAUUCAUGACAAGUGUAACACUUGACACAAUGUCUCGUUGCCUGUUUCUUUCAUGCUGGUAUAUGCAUAAAAUCAGGGGUACAAACUGGCAACCCUUGAUCUGUAAUAUUAUGUGAAUCACUGGGAAAUUGUUGAAAGCAACAAAGGUUAGUUCUUUGGAUC